AUGGGGCCUUCUCCUAUUACUAGUGUUUCGGGUUUUCGAUACUACAUUAUUUUUAUUGAUGCCAAAAUCAGAUAUACCUGUUUGUAUCUUCUCCAAAACAAGAGCCAAGCCCUGCAAGCAUUUGUCCAAUACAAGUUGUUGAUUGAAAAUAAAACUGGGCAAAAGAUUAAAACCCUUCAAACUGACAAUGACAAAGAGUAUACCUCACAAGCUUUUACCAAAUUUCUGAUUGAAAAUGGGAUUGCACAUAGACUUAGCUGCCCAUACACCCAUGAACAGAAUGGGAAGGCCGAAAGGAAGCAUCGGCAUGUCAUUGAAACUGCUCUAACCCUUCUCUCUCAAGCAUCCAUACCUCUAAAAUUCUGGGAUGAAGCCUGCCUCACUGCAACUCACCUCAUUAACUUGCUGCCCUCAGCCACCACACAAUACAUAUCACCCUAUGAACUCUUGAACAAUAGAGCUCCAGACUAUAGGUUCCUCAAAAUCUUUGGAUGCUCAUGCUUUCCUCAGCUCCGCCCUUACCAACCACACAAAUUUGACUUUAAGACUCACAAGUAUCUGUUUUUGGGUUACUCACCACACCACAAAGGAUACAAGUGCCUUUGUCCAUCUGGAAAACUCUAUGUAGCAAGGCAUGUAGUUUUUGACGAAUCUGAAUUUCCUUAUCAGUUGCUAUUUUUUAAUAAGGACUCAAAUCUAAAGGCAUCAGUUCCUCAUACAACCAAACUUAUCACUAUUCCUAUUCAUGUGCGCCAUCCACCAGUACCUCUCGAAAUUCCUCAUGAGUCACCCCCUAAUACAUCAGCACCCACAACACUAAUACCCUCAACAGAUUCCCCAGCCACAGCAGUACCCUCAUCAAGUUCCCGUGAGUCCUCACCUCUUCAAUCUAAUGCGUCCACUCAUCAAGGGAGAGUUCCAAAGUCAACCACUGUUAUAUCUCCUCCUCCAAUUCCAGUUCCAUCCGAGCUCACCUCAACCUCUCCAUCAACCAUAAUUGAGUCAUUUGCCAGUCCUAUUUGUACUGAUUCUUGCCCAUUCACUGCUGACACUUGUAUCUCUAACUCUACUUUUGAGUUUCCCUUAAGUAAUGCAAGGUUAACUGAACAAUCAUCAUGUGCUGUUCCUGCGCUUGAAGCGAAGCUUUGCUCCUCCUCACCUGAUCUCACACAAGUGGAGCCCUCUUCAGUUGCUCAGGCUCUUACCUCAUCACAGUGGAAGGCAGCUAUGGAUGAAGAGUAUGCUGCCCUAAUGAAGUGCAAAACUUGGAAGCUUGUAGACCCCUCAACAGCAGCAGACCCAAUUGGAUGUCGAUGGAUAUUCCGCAUUAAAAGACAGCCAGAUGGAAGUAUCCAGAAGUACAAGGCGCGGCUGGUGGCGAAAGGCUUUCAUCAAAGGGAAGGCUUUGAUUAUGGGGAAGUAUUCAGUCCAGUGGCGAAACCUGCAACAGUCCGUGCUGUCUGCCUCACAUGUUGUUAUGGUCUUUAUAAAGAUGUUAGAGAGUCAACCAAGUUUCUAAAAGAUUUAGUAGGUCUUAGUUACAUAGAAUUUGGGUGA